CGACAAUGUAACGGAUGGAGGACGAAAAAAGGACUAUUAGCAAGUGCCAUGACAAACUUGUCCCUUGUAGUAAUUUCAUACUCCGGUAAGACUGUGUUGUCCCUAUUAUGGCGACAGUAAAAGAGAGUGCAGAGGGAGACAAAGAGGUAGAACAUUCUUCUGAUGACUCUCAAGAGCUGACAGCCACAUCUCCCAACAACAACAGCAACAACAAUAACAGUUUGGAUCCACCAGAGCCCCUGCCCUUGGACAGUCACCAAAACCCUUUAAAUGGAGUCCAGCCGAACCCAUUUGUCUGUGGUAGUAUUCCUGCUGCCUCCAGCAAAAACGACUCAUUGCCUUCAGGACGACUUGUUAAUGGAGCUGCUUCACACUGUACCUCAGAGGAGUCCUGUGUCCACAACAAAGACAUGUCCCCUCUGCCCGGGACAGACACCAGCCCGGAGGUGUUACUGCCUCCCAGUGAGCUUCAAUCAGACACCCGGCAGAAAGCAGAAGGGUGCGCCCUAAAAGUGCGGCCCACACGGGCCUCAUCUGAAUCAAACAACAGCAACGGUGAGGCCCCCUUAGAUGUUCAGGUGAGGGAAGGCUUGGAUAACAAGCCAAUCAGCCGAAUGUUGGCUAGAAAGGGAACCAAAGCAGGGUGCUUAUGGGACUUUGAUUCAGAGUUGUCAGAAAGUUCCUCUGAUGACUGUGAUAGUCUGAACUGGGGCCUGCAGGAGAAGUUCAUGCAGUUACUGUUGAAAAGCAGCAUAGCAGGUGGUGGGGUAAGAACAAAGGUGGAGAUUGAGGGAACUCCACCUGUCGACCAAAGACAAAGGAUGCGGAAAACUCAGGCCGUGAAGAGAGCUGCCACAGGAGGACCAGUUUAUGAUGGCUUUGAUUACACAUCACAGAAUUCUCUAACUGAUGAGGACUCGGAUUUUGAUUCAUCCAUUAACAAAGAACAUGUCUUCAGGAAAGAGCUGGAAAGUUUGAAAGCAUAUGCUGGCUUGCGCUUGGAGAAAUUCUGCAACAAGGCAGCUGCCAUGAAGGAGCUAAUUCGAAGAGGGAAGGAAGAGAAAUGUGAUGAAGGCAGCAGCGACAUUGAAACAAACACCUACAUGGGUGGAAAAUUAGCACGGUUAAAGACAGAGACAAAAACAGGCAGUGAUCUGUCCUUCUCAUGCUCAAAGUGCAAUUUUAAUUUCAAGGAGAAGAUGCAUUUGCAUAGGCAUAUGAUGUAUCAUUUAGAUAGGAAUAAUAAGGUGAGACAAGAACGCGUUCCCCGACCCUUUAUAUGUAGGGAGUGUGGGCGUUCAUUCCGAGACCUAACCUCUCUGCAAAAGCACAUGAUAAUCCACCAGGUGCGGAGGGAGAAGCUGAUGGAAGAGAUUAAAGGUUUCAGUAAGAUAGAUGUUGAGGGAAGAAGAGCUUGUCUUCAUUGUCCCCAGUGCAUUUUUGGAACGAAAUGCCCUAAAACUUUUGUCCAUCAUUGUGAAAUUAAUGAGAAGGUAAAGCACUCUUAUAGCUGGGAAGAAUGUGAUCACAUGACUAUGAAUGAAAUGGAGCUAAUGGCAAAUGAGUGCACAGCUCAUAACGAAACAUAUGCCAAAGCUGGUGACUCUUUUGUAUGUCAAAUUUGCACAUUUAGAAGUAAGAAUAACAAUGAUUUCAGAAAACAUGUGGAGCUCAUCCAUGGACAACCAUAUUAUGAGUUUGACAGAGUAGCAGACCAACCCAAAAUCAAGGACUCAUUGAUGCCAAAGAUUCAAAGCACAGAGAAAUGGUCUCUUAGGGAGAGUAAUGAGCUGCCCUUUAGGCCCAAUGGCUCAGCUGACCUUAAUGUGAGAAGCAAAGAACUACAAAAAAACUGUGACGGUUUCAGCUCCUCGCUGAUCAAAUGGAGCCCUGGCAGCACAGCAAACAAACUGUCACCAUUCUCACAGAGAAGUGACAAGCCAAGCAAAUUAUCCCCUCUGCCUACAGAGAAAAUAGAUGUGACAACAGGUCUCCCGUAUGUCGAAGACAAUCAAGGAUAUGAAAGCGCUGUCUCAGAAAAGAGGACAAAAUAUCUUUCCAGCUUUGACGUGCAUCUUACAACGAAAACAGAGAUCGUCAGUAAAACAGCCUGUCUGAACCCUGGCACUGAGAGCUGUCCCAAAGAUCCUUCAAACAGCGGUACUUUAGCACUGCAAACUUUGAGGCAUAAAAUACCCUCGAAACGAAAAAUGUCAAUCCCAUAUCGCAACACACAUGUUGAUAUUCCUCAUGUGAGUUUUCCAAAAUGUGAACCUAAAUCUCCACAAUGGGAAUUUAUUAAACUACAGGAAGGAAAUGACAAUGAAGGUGCUCAGGAUUUCAGCGACUAUGCCAAAGAGUCCUCGGACUGGUCUCAUAGCAAUACCCCCCGUGAUUAUUUCAACUGUGGACCGAUAUCCCCUUUCAAGAACAUUAUUCCUGACUACACCAAUCAGUCCAAUAUGGACAACAACAUAGAGGUGGACAGUGAUGAAAUAUGUGCAUUUAUAGUGAAGGAGGAGUGUAUAGAGAGUACAAUCAGCGAGGAUAUCACUGAUCCUGGUGUUUAUCACCAAAGUGACUCCUAUGAAGAGUAUGUGGCCUCCCCUUUGUCCUUUGUGGGCAGGAAGUGCUGUCCCUACUGCCCAGCUGUGUUUGAGUCUGGGGUAGGCUUGUCCAACCACAUCAGAGGACACCUACAUAGAGUGGGGCUAAGUUAUGAUGCUCGUCACGUGGUGUCACCUGAGCAGGUGGCAUCUCAGGAUUGUCGACCUCGCAUACGCAGGAAAAUCCCUUCAGUGAAUCGCAGAAUCAGAAAAGAUAAGCCAGAGUGUAAAACCGAACACACCUGUCCGCUGUGCCUGGGUUGUUUUGACACUAAGACCGGCCUCUCCAAUCAUGUGCGAGGUCAUCUGAAGCGGAUUGGAAAGCCUAUUUCGGGUGCUAGCAAGUCACCUCUCUGCAUUUUGACAGAACUUCUUCAGGAUGAGACGGAGUACAGAAACAUUAUGAGGGUGCUUGGUGCCAGCCGACACUUCUUCAAACCUUUUGUCUCUCAAAAAUUUGCAAACAGUGAUGGGCUGUUCCUUACGUCCACCGGGAUUCCCAUGAAGAUCCAUCAUACCACCGGCACACAAGACGAAGGGCAAUGGACUUUGAUCAGACCAUCACUUGACAAGGAGAGGCAGAAGACUGAGACAGUCCAAUCUAGCACUUUAGAGGACCUGUUGGAAAAUAGGAAACUGGAGCAGGAAUUGGAGGUCUGUGGUCACUCAGAGGAAGCCACGAAACCUUCGGCCAUCUCCUCCACUAGUGGCAGUAUACCCAGGACACCAUCUGGGAAGUUGGAUCCUACCUGGAGCCAAGAGAAAUUUGCUGUUAAUAAGAAGAUCUGCAGUCACUGUAAUACAACGUUCCAGAGUGCCGUCAGCCUGUCCAAUCAUCUUCGAGCGUAUGCACGACGGAAGAGGAUUGCCUUAUUAGAAGGAACAACAUAUGAUUGUAAACAGAAGAGGCCUAGAUCAAGACCUGGGCCAAAAAGCAAGGUGUUUUCAUUUUCACUCCCUGCCUCUGAAGUGAUCUACAGAUUGACCUGCAGGUUCUGUGAUCUGACCUUCCAGGGUCCUCAGUCAGUUCAGGAAGACUGGAUCAAGCAUUUACAGAGGCAUCUUAUGCACACGAGUAUCCCUGGCAUAGGUGCAAGUAUGGUGGAGGUGUCAGCUCUAUGUAAAGAGCUGUGUGCCCCAUCUUCCCCCGAGUGCCUGCUCCUGGAUACUCACCUGCCUCUCAGUCUGCCUGAAGUGGUCUCCUAAGCCAUGUUUACAUACCAUCUAUGCUCACUGUACAUCUGUUCUGCACAUGUUCAUAAACAAAUACAUAUGUAUAAUUCUGUAUGAACAUCUAUAUGAGAACUGAAUAGAAUUCAUAUAUAUAUAUGAAAAAUUAUCUUAUAUUGCAUAUUAUUAAUUUUGCUCCUUUAUUUCUUUCCCAAUUUUUUGUAUCAAUCUUUUGUUAUCUAUUAUAGAGGCAUGAUAUUUGCAAUAUUGAUUUAGAAUUUGGAUAUAUUUAUAUCUUGGAUGUGCGCAGUCCAUCACUGUAGACUGCAGUUUUCAGCUGCUGUAAUUUGCAACUCUUAAAUCCAGCAACUAGAAUUUAAAAACAAUCAAAAUUGUAGUAGCAGACAAUUCAACUAAUUAUGAAUGAUCAACUUCAAGGACAGCUACUGUAAGUUUGUAUUGCAAUGUUUAUUUACACUGACAAAAACAUGUAUAACCUAUUUUAAGAGAUUAUAUCAAUAUAAUAUAUCUACACAAGUAGUGCUUAAUUUCUGGUUAAGAGUCCUUAUCAACAUGUAUGCAUCUUUUAACACAUUGAGAAAAAAAUUAUAUUUGGGUAUAAGAGCCCAAAAUGUGUUACAUGCAAUGUCUAUUUUUAUGCCAUCAUUAAACAAACGAACUGUGAAAUUUAUGAAUAUACCAAUGAAUAUUUUUCAAAGCUUUCUAGUUGUUUAGAAAUAUAAUGGGCAAUACUGUCGGGAUGAAAUACUAAUGUCCUAAAUUAUUUGUAUCUAUAGAAUAUCAAACAAAUUGAAUUGUUCUUUAAUGUUGUAAAAUGCUAAACCCUAUUAUUGCUAAUAUGUGAAAUCACACUCAGUUUAAAUGUUUGGUUUCUGGAGAUUAGAAUUUAUGAUGCUAAAAUGUAAGGUAUAUAACAAAAAGGUAUAAUAACAAUACUAUUAUCAUAACACUUUGGCAUGCUUUAGGAUACCUAAAUGAAUCUUUACAAUUCUUUAUAUGGCAAUGAUUUCUUUCUAAUAUACAAUAGACAGUCUUUAAGAUUAGUAUUUGAUUGUAAAUAAGGCUAUAGGUACAGACCAAUGGAGAGACACAAUCUAACUAUAUAUUAGUUGGUGAUGACAAUGUGUGAACUCAUACCGUUCAAUUAAGGUGUACGACAUGAUAAUGAGCAGAGCAUGCAUUAACAUUAUAUUUAUGCCUCUGUUAAGUCAUAAAUAGCCAAUUA